AAUUUGCUCAGUUCAUGUGUGAAGUGCUCGCUCGAAGGGUUGGCGAUAUUUGCAGCAAAUUUUUGUGCGUUUUCUUACAAAAUGUUGGAAAAAAUAGUGCUCAAAAGUGGCUGCAAUGCGUAGUUGAACCAAUUCGGCCAGUGUCCCCGCCAGAAAAAUCUACAGAGGGUUACUUUUGAGGUGGAUAAUUGCCAGCGAGUUCCCCUGGUGGAAAAUAUCGAUUAGCGGAAACAACCUCACAUCUGGGAGACCUUCAAAACCAUCGGCAUCGGCUGGGUUGUACUGACAUUUGUGAGACUUGCUGACGGUUUCAGUGGAAAAUUAUGCGCCUGGAUGAGCUGGUAGCAUGGUACCAGAAAAAGAUCGGCACGUACGACAAGCAGCAAUGGGAGAAAACGAUCGAGCAGAAGAUCCUGGCGGGGAUCACCCACCUGCCACUUAAGAACACCAAGCUCAAAACCGAACUGAUCGAUGUGGACCUGGUGCGCGGGUCGACCUUCCCCAAGGCCAAAUCCAAACUAUCCAUCCUGACUGUGAUCUACCUGGCCGCCGUGCGGCUCCUCUUCCUGCCCGUCUACGCCAAGUGGUGGGUCCGCCAAACGUCCCCGCGGGUCUUCAUCCUUCUGCUAACCCUGUACCUGCUCCAAAUGAUCAACCUGGGCAUCUACAGCUACAACGUAAACAAAACCGGUGCCGACCAGGAGGACCACAUCGUCUCGAUCUCCGAUUUCCUAAUCCCGAUGGCCCUUUCCUUCUUACUCAGCGUAAUUCACUCCCAGAUCGUGGCCACCGCGUCCAACACCGGCGGCUUCUGCCGCCAGAACAAAAAGUGCCACUCACAUUCCACGCUCAAGAAGCGCGAACGGAUACGACGGAAGCGACGUACCCGGGCCGCUACCUAUCCGGGAGGUUCCGGAGAAUCAACAACGACCGCGUCGAAACCAUCGAACGACGACGAUCUGGACGUGCCGGCGAAACCAUCGAAACAAAAGCUCCUGAACGGAACGCUACCGAACAACAAGUCACCCACGGGGUCUCCGGCGAGGACGGCCAAGAAACAGGGCGCUUGCAGUACCAGCAGCAGCACCAGCAGUGACGCGUUGAGUGGUCAAGUUACGAAGGACGUGCUCAACGUGGCGACGAAGCGGGACGAACUGCGGAUUAAGGUGGUUCCCGCCGCCGAUCUCGAUGAGGAUGAAUCAGUGUUUCUGGACGAGGGAAGCUUACCUCCUACCCCGAAAGUCGUCGUGCAUCACCCAACGGACGCCUCAACCGAUUCUCGUGCUACAAAUCCACCCCAACCGGAGUGCUCGCUGCGCCGACGAAACGUCAGCUGGGAGGCCCCGGUUUGCCGUGACAACGGCAGUUCCUCCGCCUCCAACUCGUCACCACCGCGAUCCGGCGAAGUCGACGGCCCAAUCGACGACGAUGGGUUCGAGAGUCUCAACGGAAAGAGUUCCGGCGGCGAGGACAGCUCCAACGCGACCGUUCCUUCAGAAAAAUACUACAAAAAGCUGCCCUACACAAACACCUGGCUCAGCGGAAUCCCGGGAAAGGGCGCCGAAGUGGCCGCUCCGGAAAAGGACUCCCGCUCGGACAGCGAUACCGAUACACUGCGGAACACUCCGACGGCACAGCAACAGGAUCAUCUAGCUACGGCGAAACCAGCUUCGAUCCCGCCUCGGCGGCAUCUUUCAUCCGAGUCCGGUAUAGAACUGCAGCGACACGAACGGCCGGGAAAAUCCCUGCUGGACGAAGACAACGACCGUCUGCUUCAACAGAGCGACCAAGGUUCCCAAAAAGGGACCGUAUUUGACGAGAAGCUCGAAUCGAGCGGAGACACCGACGAGGAGAACGAUUUUGAUCUUCAACACAGCGAGUCUAGUCACCAUCAUUCAUCCUUCCACCAUCAUCACCACCUCCAUCAUCAGCAUUUGUCAGAAGGUACGGAAUCCAACACUACUGGUAGCAAUAUCGCCAACACCGAUAGCGAGGACUGCAGCUACAGCUCGGAUCUACAUUCCGAUGCGCAGAACGAACACUCGGAUGAUGACUACGAUCUGGAGGAUGCCCCCACCAUCAUACUGAACCCGUCGUGUGGGGCUUCCGAUCGAGUCAGCUGCACCAUCUGGGAUGCGCGCGAGGCCAAAAAGGCCGAAAUGUCCGUGCUGGACAUUUCCUCCGCCAUCAUCGAGCGCGUCGAAGGCAUGCCGGAAACGUGCGACUACGUGUACAUCGGCGUCGCGCUCAGCAUCAUCCUGUCGCUCAUCCCGGCCUUCUGCCGGCUGCUGGAGGCCACCUUCGAUCCGGACAACUCCACCGAGCUUAACUUCCUGGACAUGCCCGUACUGCUGCUGGAGAAGGCCUCCUUUUCUUGUCUCGCGAUCCUUCGGUUCGCCUUCGGCCAGUCCACCUGGGAGCGGACCGUCCUCAUCCUGGGCCUCAUCCUGCGCCUCAGCCUAACCUACAUCGUAUUUUUCCUGCUGGCCGUGGCCGAGCGGACCUUCAAGCAGCGCUUCCUGUACGCGAAGCUGUUCUCCCAUCUGACCUCAUCGCGGAGGGCGCAAAAGUCCUGCAUUCCGCACUUCCGCCUGAACAAGGUUCGCAACAUCAAGACCUGGCUGUGCGUUCGGUCCUACCUGAAGCGGCGCGGCCCGCAGAACUCCGUGGACGGAAUCGUCUCGGCGGCGUUCAUCAUCACGCUGCUGCUGCUGGCGUUCCUCAGCGUCGAGUGGUUGAAGGAUUCCGUCCACCUGCACUCGCAGUUCAACCUAGAGGCGCUGGUUUGGUCCUGUGCCUUCGGGACGUUCCUGCUGCGCUUCAUGACGCUCGGUACGAAGAUCAACAAAAAGUACAAGAGCGUUUCGGUGCUGAUUACGGAGCAGAUCAAUCUCUACGUACAGAUCGAGCAGAAGCCGAACAAAAAGGAAGAACUGAUGAUUUCAAACAACGUACUGAAGCUGGCCGCAGACUUACUUAAGGAGCUGGAAUCUCCCUUCAAGAUCUCGGGACUGAGCGCCAACCCGUACCUCUACACCACGGUCAAGGUGGUCAUCCUGUCGGCGCUGUCCGGCGUGCUGAGCGAAAUGUUGGGCUUCAAGCUGAAGCUGCACAAGAUCAAGAUUAAGUAGAGGCUGUUCACUAAAUAGUAAGUAGGCGAUUAGGACGAGCAAUCCAAGUGCUAGGGAAUAGUGCAAAUUUUGUAGUUAGCUCCGAAUCUGGAAAUUCUGGAUCUGUUCUCACCUUUAGUAAGGUACACCUCUAGUUUGUGUAGUGUAGUAAGGACUGACCCUUAUCAAUUAGACACGUGAAAACAAGAAUAACCCUAAAGAAGCAAUCCUCUCUCCUUAUGAGUGUGAGCUAAGUUUGUGUGGAUCAGCAACUGUCGAUAGAUUUUAGAUUACGAAAUGUGGUAUUUUUCGAUGGACUAUUAUAAGAAAUAUAUUUUAGAAGCAUAAAUCGAACGAAACCCAUGUGAAUGGCACAUUGGUGGAAUGUGUGAGGUGAAAAAGAAGUUUAUGUGAGUGUUUUAAUAUGUCAGACUAUUAGCGGAGAUUAAAGUGUUCGUUGUUGAAAAAAA